AUGCAGAACGACGCUGGUGAAUACGUUGACCUGUACAUCCCAAGGAAAUGCUCUGCCAGCAACAGGAUAAUCCAUGCCAAAGAUCAUGCAUCUAUCCAGAUUAACGUUGCAGAAGUGGAUCCUGAGACUGGCCGAAUGACAGGAAAGAACAAGACUUAUGCCAUCUGUGGACCCAUCAGAAGAAUGGGAGAAUCAGAUGACUGCAUCAAUCGGCUUGCAAAGAAAGAUGGCAUAUUGGCAAGGAAUUUCUAA